AUGUCGGGGACUAGCGGUGCUACCCCACCUUCUGGUGUUGUAAGGAACAGUGCACUAUCCUUCGUUGCGCCUGCGCCGAAUCCGAUGGUCUUACCUGAUAAUUCCGCAGCUCUCUCAUCAGAACCUGACCCAAAGGACGAUAUGAGCACUACGGAGAGACCAGUGCCUGCUGGACUGAGGGCGCUAUGUGAAGCAUAUUCAAGACUGUACCCAGAUCAGCCAAACCCGUUGCAAGUUACAACCAGGCUAAAAUAUUGGCUUGGGGGUCAAGAUCCCUUGGACUACAUCAGCAUGUACUGGAACCCUGGGAAACCGGAGGAGAACAUACCGCCUCACUGGCAUUAUGUAAGUUUCGGUCUAUCCGACCUGCACGGCGACGGCCGCGUCCACCCGGAGCCUUCGCCCUUACCCGGCCGCGACUCCGGCUACGGGCUGGAGCUGACGCUGCGGCUGGCCGCUGAGGGCAGGCCGGCGCCCCUCUGGCCGGCCGCCCUGCUGCAGGCCCUCGCCAGAUACGUGUUCACCACAGGGAACAGGUUCUGCGCCGGCGACCACGUGUCGUGGCACGCGCCGCUGGACGGCCAGCGGGGGUCCAGGGUGCGGCACCUGCUGGUGGCCGAGGACCCGCAGCUGCCCACCAUCGACACGCCGAACGGCGCCGUCAGGUUCAUCCAGAUGAUCGGCUGCACGGGCAGGGAACUGAAGGCAGCGCAAAGGGGCUCCGGCUUCGAAGUGCUGAAGCUCAUAGCAGAAGAUCCUCGAUGCGGCGGCUCGUGGCUGGUGACGCGCGCGCGGAGGCGCCGCUCGGCGGGGAGGGUGCGCCGCGCCGGCGGCGGGGGCUCCCCGCCCGCCCAGCUGGCCGGCGUCUCCGCGCGGCUCAGGUGGCUGCCCUACUCCACGGAAACCGAAGACCAGCCAGCAUCACCAUCCCACCUCAGUCCAAGCGUGGAGCAACAGAUAAAGGACACACUCCAGCGUGGGCUGAGCUGCAUGGGAUCAGGAAAGAGGAUAACUCCUGAAGGCCACAUGUCCACGGACAGCUUUGAGAUGUCCAGCAUGGAGAGAGCCCUGCCGCAGAUACCUGAGCUGAUGCCGGGCACCUGGCAUUGUGAGGAGAGCAUAGAGUAUUUGGACGGUGUGCAUCUGAUACUCAACCCAGAAAGCGCCAGCUUGCUUCCGUUGGCAAUAGACGGGCGGGUCAGGCAGGGGCGGCACUUCACCUGGCGCUGCGGCCCGAGGGCGGUGACCUUCGUGGCGGGCGGGGUGGCCGCGGCGGCGCCCAGCCGCGCCAGGCCCUACGCCCUCCUGGGGCCCUGGCUGCAGAUGCUGAUACCAAAGGAGCUGGCUGAGGAGAUGUCAGCACAGGUCGCUCAGUUGGCAGAGCUGGCGGGCAGCGACUCCGAAUCUGACAGCGAUGGCGAAGGCCCCACCCAAGAGCCUCCGCAGGUGCCCCUGACGCUGCACUGGCCGAAGCACCGGUUGAAGAUAACAGUUCUCCCUGACCACCAGCUGCUG